AUGCUAGCCAUAGGGGUUCCUCCAGCUUCGCUGAAGAAGCUAGCUAGUAGUCCUAUCCCUAUUAGCUUUCUUGUUGGCAUUCCUUUCGUAGAAUAUCAAAGGGUUGGACCAUUGUCUGGAAUGCAGGAGAAAAGGAUGGUGAAUUCAGGUCGCUGA